AUAGGGCGGGGAGCGCGCUCGACGCUCUCCAAACUGAAGUGCAAGACGGAGGGAGACGCGCGGAGCGAGAGCAUCUCUGAUGGGUGUUUUGGAGGUCCUCGGUCGAGCAUGACUCUGUCCAGUGCCCCGCCACUUCGAAGAGGAAGCACCCCUGUUCCAUUCAAAUAUCAGCUCCGAAGGGAAGAAGCAGUCAAUGAUGACUGUGACUGGACGCCAGGAAUUGGAGUAACUGAAGCAACAUCGCCUCCUCCAGUUAGCUUUGUCCCAGUGCAGGAUGAGGUUGUGGGUGCUGAUGUGGAAGAGAGACAGGGAGGCCCGUUCAGGAUCGCCCUGCUCGGCCAGAACGGAGUGGGGAAAACGUCGCUCGCUAUCGCCCUCACCGGGGAAAUGGACAGAACGGCAUCUGUGGACUCGGAUGGCGAGGGCUACGUUCGCACCGUUACCGUGGACAACGAGGAGAGCACCAUCUUUCUCUUUGAUAACUGGAGACAGGAUCUAUCCAUGCUGGUGUGUGAAGUAUGUGUGUUGGUGUUUUCGGUGACAGACCGACGCAGCUUUCACCGCACGGCUCAGCUCCGCCUCCUUCUCAGGGAAAACCAACCUCAAACUCCCAUCAUCCUUGUGGGCAACAAGAGCGACUUGGUCCGCUCACGAGAGGUCAGCACGGAGGAGGCUCAAUCCAAUGCUGCUCUCUAUGAAUCUCCCUAUGUGGAACUGUCUGCAUCUCUGGACCAUGGCACCACAGAGCUUCUGGAGAUGGUUGUGCGGGCAGCACGAGGAGAAAGCCUGGGGUCCUUGGGGGUCGGCGGGGCCGAGGGAGCGACGGGGGGUCGCAGUGAGAGCCUGAGCACACGGGCUAAGCGAUUCCUUUCCAACCUUGUACCACGCUAUCCCCGGGAAAAAGAGCGUGAUGGCGGAAAGUUCUUCAGGCAGAAAUCUCGCUCCUGUCACGAUCUUGGAGCUUUGUGAGUCAUAGAUAGAGUGAGAGGGCGAAAAACAGAGACAAGGUAAGAAUGAGUGGGAGAGGAGUAAGAUUGGCAGUGAAGAAUUGAAGGACCAGAGCCUGCACAGAAAAAAAACAAGAGUAUUAGAAAGGUAUAUGGGAUUUCAUGAAAUAGUCUAUUAGUCUAACUAGUCUAAGUACAGAAAGAGAAUGACAAGAAUCAUAAAAAAAAAAGCCUUAAUAAUAGUUAAGGCCAGGUAUAGCAUUUGAUACAGUUAAAACUGUAGGUCAUUGAGUGAACAAAUGUAGUUUGCAUGCUCCACUAUUUAAAAAAAAAAGUUUCACUCAGAUAGUAUAGACAAUCCAGUUACUGUGAGUAUUUGUGGUAUCCUGCUAUAUUUGUGUAUCUUAAACUAAAUUGUUACAAGUUGCAGAAAUACAAUUGAAAACUCCACUAACCUGGGGAAAACAGUUUUCUGUUCAAACGGUAGAACAAUUUUCAAAGAUUGCAAUCACAUUACUGACUGUGCUACUGAAAUUGUAUGUACAAGAACUUGAACCUUUACUUUGAUAAACCCACACAAAGGUCCAUUCUCCAUUACUGAGAGGUCCAUUAAAAGUAUUUCAAAAACUCAAGC